UAUAUAAAAAAAAGGAACAGCAGCUCUCUUACCCGAUCCCUCUGCUGCACAGCACCUCUCCAAACCCUUCAUUCCCCCAAUUUCACAGCUCCAAGUCCAACCCUAUCAAACCCUCACAUUAGACAAUGUUGGAAUGUUGGAAAGGAGGUCCUUGGCCAUGCUUCGAAAGUGGUGCUUACAAAGGAUACCUCCACGAUUGUUGGUGAUGGAAGUACCCAGGAAGCUGUUAACAAGCGAGUUGCCCAAAUUAAGAACCUUAUUGAGGCGGCAGAGCAGGACUAUGAAAGAGAAAAACUUAAUGAAAGGAUUGCAAAACUAUCCGGUGGUGUUGCUGUAAUUCAGGUUGGAGCACAAACUGAGACAGAGCUGAAAGAAAAGAAACUGAGAGUCGAAGAUGCUCUGAAUGCAACAAAGGCAGUUGUUGAGGAAGGUAUUGUUGUUGGAGGUGGAUGCACCCUUCUGAGGUUGGCAUCAAAGGUUGAUGCAAUCAAGGAUACUCUUGAUAAUGAUGAAGAAAAGACUGAAAGCUCCAUAAAAGAAAUGACAGAUUUAUGCCUGAUAGAGGUGGUAGGGUAUAACAAAGAGUUAGAAGACUCCGGUGACAAGGCAUAA